UACAAAAAACAGGUGGUGGCCUGGGAGUGGUCAUUUGCUGAACCUGCUGAAACCAUCAGUAUUUGGACAUAGGACUGAUGAACCAACCUAUAGUGCAGCUAAAUGAUUUUGAAAAUGAAGUUAACUGGGAAGGUGAGUGAUUUGCAGCUUGCCUUUCUCUUUUCUUGCAGAGAUGUGGUAUGGUGUGUUCCUGUGGGCACUGGUGUCCUCCCUCUUCUUUCAUGUCCCUGCUGGAUUACUGGCCCUCUUCACCCUCAGACAUCACAAAUAUGGUAGGUUCAUGUCUGUAAGCAUCCUGUUGAUGGGCAUCGUGGGACCAAUUACUGCUGGAAUCUUGACAAGUGCAGCAAUUGCUGGAGUUUACCGAGCAGCAGGGAAGGAGAUGAUACCGUUUGAAGCCUUGACCUUGGGCACUGGACAGACAUUCUGUGUGGUGGUGGUCUCCUUUUUACGGAUUUUAGCUACUCUAUAGCAUACACCCUUAUGCUGUGRUGUCCAACCUAAGUUUUCUAGAAUCCUCAGAGAAUACAUGAUGGAGUGUAGUGUGUUUUAUUUCUUCAAGUGGAAGCAACUUGGUUCAACAGGAAUGUGAAGAACAUAUCAGAUAUUUCUUCAGUUUGAAGCUGUAGCCAUUGAAGAUCUUUUUGGAUUCCUAUCAUUCUCAACCAAGACAAAACCAGUUUCUUGGCCUCUUUUUUGUAGAUUAAGUUUUACACACAUACCUUUACCUAAACCAGGCCAACUGUGCCUUUGGGUUGGCCUCCCUUACACUGGAAUAUCCCUUACUAUAUUUGGUGAGAAAAUCCAUAUUUCAUGAAUGUUGCAUAUUUCAGAGAAACUGGGCAAUAUUGGUGUAUUUAACAUGAGCAGAAUAAGCUGCAUUAAAAUCUUAGUUGAUCUAAUCUUGAUUAAUAUUUGGGAAACUCUUCUUUCACUGUAUCUUCAUGACAGUAAAGCCAACUAGGUUUUGGUUGAGUAUAGCUUUGAGAGCAAAUUUGGUGAAAUGUAACAGGAAAUAAGUUGAAGUAUAACUCAAGUAGUGACUUUGGUUCCACUGUUAAAAGUAGAUAACUGAUGAGAAUGUGAUGUUUUAUGUGUAACUAUCUUGACCUCUGAUUUUUUAAUAUUUUAAGAGAUAUGAGUUUGUUUUUUUUACAAUUGAUUAAAAGAAGCUAGCUAAUUGACUUUUUCUUUUUCUUUUUUUUUUAAAGAGGGUUUUGUUAUGUUCUGGCCCCAAACUCCUGUGCUCAAGCAAUCCUCCUUCCUGGGCCUCCUGAGAAACUGGGACUACAGUAAUGCACCAUUACACCUGGCUGGCACUUUAAAAAAAAAAAAAAAGAAAGAAAGRAAGGAAGGAUUUCUAUACUUUUUCCUAUUGCUUUUUGUUUUA